AUGACCGAAAAUUUCGAUUUUUUCAUUGAAACUUGCAUAUUAUAUGACACUUUCCACUGGAAAUCGCCUGAAAACUCUUAUCAGACGAUUUGCCGGAAAUAUGGACCAGAUUUGAUCUCUUAUACGGAUUUUAAGGCACUUUUCAACAGAAUUUCUAUCGAAAAUUGCAAUGAAAGUACUUGUAAAAAAAACUUGGCUGAAAUUCUGAAAUCCAGCUAUACAGCGCUGAAAAGCUGUAUUCUGAAUGAUGUGAGUUGUGGGAAAUCAAUCGAUAUUGCUCAUGAUAAAAUUUUGGAAGUUAUUGGGAAGGUCCCAUGGACCCAUUUUCAGUAUUGGUUUCAGCGAUUUUCAGAUGGAAAUUGGGAUUUUGGGGAGAGCCCCGCCCCCAUGGCACCGGAAUUCAUGGAUCUACCUAUUGGAAUCGUCAAAACUAUCAUCGAAAACUGUGACUACAGUAACCAAUGGACCCUACGUACCGUAUCCCGCCACUUAAAAAUCCACGUGGAUUUGCUGAAAUCGCCCAUUGGCGAGCUGAAAUUUCGCUGUAAUUUCGACCAUUUCAGUCUGAAAAUCGAUAAAAAAUAUCGGAUUUUUGGGCGCGAAAAUUUCAAAAUUCAAAAAUAUUUGUAUUUUUACAAGAAUUUAGACAAUUUGGAAAUUUCAAAAAACCCAAAUUUUGAGGAAUUGGCAUUUUUGGAGCUUGCCGAACGGCUGAGCAAUCCGAAGUUGAAGUUGGAGGUGUUGGAAUUUAAAGCUGAGCAAUGUCAGGAUUUUGAAAAAAUCGAGAAAAUUCUGGAGCAGAUUGGAAGAAAAAUAUGGGUGAAACGUGUGAAAAUAAGGUGA